AUGGGAUAUACCACUCGGACACUCCUGCCCAUACUCAAUGGCGCUGCCUGUUGCGGCUUUAACCUGACAAAUGAUUCUACCUUCGUCCAUGGAACUCCUGGAAUUUCUUUCCGUCAGACAGAACCUAUCCAGGGUAACAGCAGCGGAUCAAUCUGGCCCGGAACUGGUGAAGGCUCACAGUACUUGCACCAAGAUUCAUUAUCCCAGGGAGGGAAUGCACAAAAUGAUUUCUCUGAUUCUUUCCAUUCUUUUGGCCAAGCACCUGGCCGAAGUGUCCCAAGGACCAUGUGGAAUACCGGGCUACUGCCUGCCGGUGAAGAAAUGUCACGCUAUCCAUCUCAGGAUUCAAUAGGAGCCGCCUCCCAAGGGACCACUCAUUCGUCCUCCUUAUCUAACUCUUAUGAUCAGACUGGCUCUGUGGGAAUGUACCCCAGUGUCUCACAGAUGUCUUUCCAUAUGUCAUACGCUAGAUCAGAUGUCACAGGCAGGUCACCCAGCCCUGAUAACUCUGCUUUAUAUACCCCAACCCAGGUGGAUCUUCAGGCCUUCGAGAGCUACCCAUAUGGGGCUAGCGAGGACAUUUCGGGGAGCCAUCCUCUUUUCCACCGGAAUUCUGAUGUUGCAUUGACCUCAGGACACUCAUUCAGUAUGUAUCCUACUACUGAAGAUGACGCAUUUGCGUCCACAUUGGCCUCUGCGCACCUGCCAAUCACGCAUGAUGGAAUCUACAAUCCCAAUGGUAUGAUGGACUCUCCAACCGUAUGGACAAAUGGCCCCAAUUUCCUGGAUUCGCAAAGGUCGUCUCCUGCACUUGACGACUGGACUCUCCCUCCACCACAUUUGACAACUUCUACGAGCAGCAGCCCUUUGGACUACUCACCCAGUCUUGAAGGUUUAUCGCCAAGGUACGUUCAAUGCGUCCCGGAUAUGGUAAUGCCGCCUCCUUACAAGACCGAUGACAGAACCGUGAGAAAGCCUAUUGGCCCGAGACAAUCUAAAGUCGUUAGCGAUUUGGCAUCCAGAAAUCGUAGUCUGGUAGAGACAUCCGAGACUCCCGAUGAGUCUCUAAGGUUUGUGGGCCGCUCCAGCCUGGAGGUUGACAAUAAUGCCCGGGACCAUCCCUAUUACCACAAUGUGACUCCCCAAGCCGAUGGGCUCUACCACUGCCCAUGGGAAGGCAAGCCGUCUUGCCAACACAAGCCUGAGAAGCUCAAGUGUAAUUACGACAAAUUCGUGGACUCUCAUCUGAAACCCUACCGGUGCAAGGAAUGUGAGAACUCCCGUUUCUCUUCCACAGCCUGCCUCCUUCGGCAUGAGCGUGAAGCCCACGCUAUGCAUGGACAUGGCGACAAACCAUACUUGUGCACGUAUGAGGGCUGUGAGCGCAGCGCCCCUGGGAAUGGCUUUCCUCGCCACUGGAACCUCUGUGACCACAUGAGGCGAGUGCACAAUGAUCCAGGACCCUCCAAAAGCAGCGCCAGCGGAUCUCCUCCCCCAUCCGGUGGGACCGUACGAGGAAAGAACAAGCGCAAGGCUGAUGCCACUGAACCACCCACUGAGAAGCCAGUGAAGAGAGUUGCCACGCCUCCUGCGGCGGCUCGUGAGCCGCAGGAGCCCAGCCUGGUUUCUCGUUACCAUUCGAGCAAGCAAAAACUCCUGGAAACCAUGAAGCAACUCCAGGAUCCUAGGGAUGCUAACAAUAUGGCACUGCUCCGCAAUGCAAGCGAUUGCCUCAAGGUAAUGGCCCAGACCACCCAGCGCCUCAAUUCCGCUCCUGCCACGAGCCUGAACUUGAGCCAGAAAUCCUCUGGCUGA